GCCCUCGCGCCGGAAACGGCGGAGGCCAUCGUGCGCGACCUCGACAGCAAAGGUACGGGGGGCAUCGAGCUCGCGGAGUUCACGGAGGUCGUGCACGCCUGGUGGUCCAAGCGCGGGAAGAGCCCGAGCGGCAGCGGCGCACGGAGGAGGUCGAGGACGAGGUCGAGAGCGAGCGGCGCGUCGAGGUGUUGCGCGGACGAGCGGGGUCGUCCUCACCUGGUCCUCAACUUCGACAUCAACCAGACGGUGCUCAUGAUAGACUCGUGCACGGGCGCCAACACCGCCAACCUGUGCUCUACCGUGAUCGCCAACGCCGCGUGGGGGAGCAUCGAGGAGGACGAGAGCGGAAACCCAGUGCGGUGGGUCCCGGACUCAGAUCCGCCCGCGUCUUGA